AUCGUAUCAUUUGAAGCUGUUGCUAGCUGUGAAUAUUUUUUAGUUUAAUUUAAUUAAAUUAUGUGAAACAAAGCGUGUAAAGUAGGAUUGAAUAUGUUUUUUUAAAUGUGAUUUAUUUAUCGUGAAUAAACGGGAAAGCAUGGAAGAUUAGGAGGUUGGGAGCGUUGGGAGAUUACAAUUUGCGGCAGCGUUGGCAGUACUGCGGAGAAGAAACAAGUGGUCACGUGAGUGGUGUCAAAUAGAACCAUGCGAACAUGGCCGCGCCGUAUUACGAAAGAGCAGACGAUUUUCCGGGAAGUUCCACAGGGAAUCUUUUUGUGCGUGCGAGGGGAACCGAGGCUUUUAAAACCUCGUUCCUUUCCUUUUAGCAGUGGGCUCACGAUGGUCUACAACAUCAAAUGGAUCAUACCGAAGCUCCGUAACCCAGCAAGGCUGUGGAAUAUCGCGAGCAGCAUAACCUUCGCUGCAGUAGGAAUUUUUUCCAAAAUCUUCAUAGAAUGGUUCAACAAAACCACCAUUUACAACAAACACAUCCUCCAGAGGGCCUUGGACUGUCGACCCAGAAAUGUGCCUCUUAUUACAGUUUCAAAUCAUCACAGUUGCUUCGAUGACCCAGGUAUAUGGGCGACUCUGGACCUGAGGUACCUGCUGAAUCGCCACAAAAUGAGAUGGUCCCUAGCAGCACAAGACAUUUGUUUCACAAACGUGUGGCACUCCUACUUCUUUAUGCUUGGGAAAUGCAUACCAGUCAUCAGAGGCGACGGUGUUUUUCAAGAGGCUGUGGACUUCUGCAUUGAGAAGCUUGCCUCCGGAGAGUGGGUUCACGUCUUCCCCGAGGGUAAAGUGAACAUGCACAAGGAAAACAUUAGGUUUAAAUGGGGCAUAGGAAGGUUAAUACUCGAAUCGCCUGUGACUCCACUGGUCGUUCCUGUCUAUCACGUCGGCAUGGACGAUAUCCUACCCAACGAUCCACCUUACAUUCUCAAGGCGGGUAAGAGAGUCACUAUGUAUUAUGGAGAACCAAUAGACUUUACGGAUGUGUUAGCUGAACUCAGAUCAGCCAAAGCCAGUGAUACUGAAGCCAGAAAAGCGAUCACCGAUCGUAUUCAAGAUGAACUUGCUAGAUUACAGACGGUAACGGAGGAACUUCACAGCCAGUAUUAAUGUAAAAAGACGGCUUUUGCCGUAUAAUACUAGACAAAAUAUGCAUAAUGCAUGCGACGAUUACUGGCGUGUAACAAAACGAAGAGAAUAAGUCCUUUAAAGGAAGGACGCUUUAGUCAAAGUGAUUUUAAUUGUAUUUUUAUACUAAAUGCGCCAUUCCAGAAUUCCUGCCAGUCUCUUAGAGUCAGUGAAUAGAGCUUGAGACAGUAAAUGGUACGCGAUUCUAACCCUUGCCCACUGCAUAUAUUUUUAAAUUCGUUGAUGGCGCAAUUGUACAUACACUUAUGUAAAUUUAAUGAAUUUUUAAUAAUCGAAUUUUCCUAUGCAAAUUAGUGGUCACGGCACGAGUCACCAAAAAGAAUGAAAGUGAAUAUAAGAGUAGAGCGAACAAACACGGAAAAUUAUCGGCACGAAUUAUUAUUGAAUUAAUAAGGAAUGCGUAUUAUACAUAUUUUAUUCACUGUAAAAUAAGGACGAAUAUUAAAGUACAUUUUCUAAUAUUGA